AUGAGACUGGCUAGGAGAAGUUCAAUGCCAACACUGCCUUCUUCAUUGGCCGGCUUGGCCAAUGUGUUUGAAUUGGGCAGUUUGAACCAAUACUCCUGCUGUGAACAGUCAUUUUUUCAGGGUUGUGUGCGCGAUGUUGAUGGGCGAGCAGCCAUGAUUUUUGCGUGCACUAACCUGAUACAGUUGGUAGAAGUUAAUAAUAUAGAGGAGAUUCACAUAGAUGCGACGUUCAAGGUAGUACCGUCGAAUAUGGGAAAGCAGAUGUUAAGCAUACACUGCAUGAUUGGAAACCAUUCCAUACCCGUUGUGUAUUGCCUAAUGGAAUCAAAGUCGAGGAACUCAUACAAGUGCUGUUGGUUUCAUCAUAACCAAGCAGUUUGGAAAAAUAAGAAAAAAAAAGGGUUUUUAAAUUUAACCAAUUCCAAUCAAAGUGCUUCUAAAGCAUUGAGAAUGCUGUUAGCUUUACCGCUGUUACCAGCUGCUGAUAUAGAACGAGGAUUUGAUGCUGUGAGGAUAUUUGCCAUAAACCAAAAUGUACCAAUGGUUUCUUUAUUUGAUUACUAUCAAAAUUAUUGGCUAAGACAGGUUGGGGUACAUGCGUUAUCAGUUAAUGGCCAACCAAGGAGGACUAAUAAUUACGUAGAAAGUUUCCACAACUCUUUACGUAUUAAGUUUAACGUGGUUCAUCCAAAUUUGUGGAAAUUUUUAGAUCACCUUACACAGCUGAGUAAAAAUGUCCAUAUUACAAGAACACAACUUGCGAAUACCCUGCGCCCUACGCGAAAACAACAUAUCUAUUCGAAUAUCCAAUUUAUAUCUAAAUGUUGUCUUUAA